AUGAAUUUAGAUUCCAUUCAUCGGUUAAUUGAAGAAACACAAAUCUUCCAGAUGCAGCAGUCAUCAGUUAAACCACCGUGUGACCUGGGGGCACCUGCCUCAUCCCCCAGGGACACCUGUAGCUCCUGUUUGCCCCUUCAUGCGCUGCAAUCUCAUGCCGCUCACAACUCCCAUGCUCAUUCCUGCAACAUCAACGACUGGGGCAUUUGUGAAGAACUUCGCCUGCGGGAACUGGAGGAGGUCAAGGCCAGAGCCGCUCAGAUGGAGAAGACCAUGCGAUGGUGGUCAGACUGCACGGCCAACUGGAGAGAAAAGUGGAGUAAAGUUCGAGCUGAAAGGAACAGCGCUAGGGAGGAAGGAAGACAGCUCAGAAUAAAAUUAGAGGUGACCAUGAAGGAAUUGAGUGCCUUGAAAAAGAAGCAAAGUUUGUCACAUCAAAAAGAGGCCUUGGAAGCUAGAGUCACCCAGGACUGGAAGCUUCCUAGUUUCAAAGAAGUGUCCUAUGCACAGAGAGACCCCUUUCAAAUUGGUUCCAAAACGUGUGAGUCCAUCAGAGAGUGCUUGGGAAAGAGAGAAUAUCCUACCAAGGAGAACAUAAAUAGAAAGGAAGAAGGUUUGAUUAUUGACCCAUUAAAAUUAAAUGAAGAGGUGAAACUCAAUCUAGAUUGUCCUGAUUUAUUCAAGAAUGGUGGUUCUGAAAACUGUACAGUGAGACCUGGAUUAAGACUGCAGGCAAUAAAUCUGCCUCUGGAGAAUGGAGUUCCUGAAAUUUCAGCUUUGCAGGUGCAUUUGGAUGAGUUCCAAAAAAUCUUAUGGAAAGAAAGAGAAAUGCGCUUAUCUUUGGAAAAAGAAAUAGAACGGCUGGAGUCAGCUUUGUCUGUGUGGAAAUGGAAGUAUGAAGAACUGAAAGAAUCAAAGACAAAAAGUCUGAAAGAGUUUGACAUUCUUCAUGGUCAACAUAAAAAUAAAAUGGAAGAAAUAUCAGGAGAUAUAAAGGAAGGAUCGAAAUCUCAAAAUAGCAGUGACAGAGUGAUCUAUGAGUUAAGAGCAGAGCUAGAGAGAUUGCAAGCUGAAAAUACAUCUGAGUGGGACAAGAGGGAGAUACUUGAAACAGAAAAACUAGGACUGGAGAGAGAAAAUAGAAGGCUAAAGUUCCAGGUGAAAGACAUGGAAGAGCUCCUGGAUAGGAAAAAUAGAUUAAUUGCAAACUCUCAAGGUCCUGAUUUCAAGAAAUCACAAAUUGAACUACAGGAAAAAAACAAGGAACUGUUGGACCUGCAACAUGCCUACCAUAAACUAAGCAGGCAGCACCAGGCAAAGACGGCAGAAAUGACCCACGUCAACAACCUCAUGGAUCAAAAUGAGGCCGAAGUGAAGAAACUGAGAUUUCAAGUAGAAGAACUAAAAUGGGGACUCAACCAAAAAGAAAAUAAGCUUGAUGAUUUCCUGAAUCAGAUCCAUAAGCUCCAGAGAUCUUUGGAUGAACAGAAAGAAACAAAUGAAAACUUGGAAAUUAAACUCAGGCACUUACAAAACUGGUACUUAUUUCACAAAAUAUGUCAAAUUCAAGAUCGAGAUCUGAGAUAG